GUAAGACACAUGCGUGUGUUUGCCAACCACCAUUAAACCUCAGAAGAAGAAGAUUAGUUUUCAGCAUGAUCUCUGGUGUUGUGUCGGGACGCGAAGCAAGCAGGUAUAUCUGUAGGAGUAUCAACUGAACUGAGAUCUGCUGCUGUGAAGAUGGUGUUUGUUAAAGAGGAGAGUGAGGAGGACAUGAGUGAACCAGAACCCUGGAGAAUAAAACACGAGGAACAAGGAGGCCUGAUGAAAGUGAAAGAGGAAAGAGAAGAUCUGAAUGAAGUGGAAGAGAAAUAUCAGCAUCAGAAAGCUCAUGAUGUCACCAUUGGAGAAAAACCAUUAAGUUCCUCCAAAACUGAAAACAGUUGCUCACAAAGCAGCAUUCAAAUAACAGAAGUCACAAGACCUUUCACCUGCUCUGAGUGUGGAAAGACUUUCACACAGAAGGGGAGCCUUAAGAAUCACAUGGUAAUUCAUUCUGGAAAAAGGCCUUUUACCUGCUCUCAGUGUGGAAAGAGUUUUACAUGUAAAGGAAUCCUUAAUGAUCAUUUGGUAACUCACACUUCAGAAAAGCCUUUCAACUGUCCUCAGUGUGAAAAGACUUUCAAACGUAAAGGAAGCCUUAAUACUCACAUGUUAAUUCAUACUGGAAAAAAGCCUUUCACUUGCUCUCAGUGUGGAAAGAGUUUUGCACAGAAAGCACACCUUAAGUAUCAUUUGGUAACUCACACUUCAGAAAAGCCUUUCACCUGCCCUCAGUGUGAAAACACUUUCACAUGUAAAAGAAACCUUGAGAGUCACAUGUUAAUUCAUGCUGGAAUAAAGCCUUUCACCUGCCCUCAGUGUGGAAAGAGCUUUACACAGAAAGCACACCUUAAGGAUCAUUUGGUAACUCACACUUCAGAAAAGCCUUUCACCUGCCCUCAGUGUGGAAACACUUUCACACGUAAAGGAAAUCUUAAGACUCACAUGUUAAUUCAUGCUGAAAUAAAACCUUUCAGCUGCUCUCAAUGUGGAAAGAGUUUUGCACAGAAAGGACACCUUGAGUAUCAUUUGUUAACUCACACUUCAGAAAAGCCUUUUAGCUGUUCUCACUGUGGAAAGAGUUUUACAAAAAAAGGACACCUUAAGGAUCAUUUGUUAACUCACACUUCAGAAAAGCCUUAUACCUGCCCUCAGUGUGGAAACACUUUCACACGUAAAAGAAACCUUAAGAAUCACAUGUUAAUUCAUGCUGGAAUAAAGCCUUUCAGUUGCAGUCAAUGUGGCAAGAGUUUUUCACAGAAAGGACACCUUAAGUAUCAUUUGUUAUAUCACACUUCAGGAAAGCCUUUCACCUGUCCUCAGUGUGGCAAGGGAUUUACACAGAAAAGACACCUUAAUGAUCAUUUGGUAACUCACUCUUCAGAAAAGCCUUUCACCUGCCCUCAGUGUGGAAACACUUUCAGAUGUAAACGAAGCCUGAAGAAGCACUUGUUGAAUCAUAUUGGAAUAAAGCCUUUCACCUGUUCUCAGUGUGGAAAGAAAUUUAGUCGGAAAGUAAGCCUUAAGAAGCACAUGUUAACUCACACUUGAAAAAGGGCUUUUACCUGCUCUCAGUGUGGAAACUUUCACACAUAAAGGAAGCAUUUCACCUGCUCUCAAUGUGGAAACUUUCACACAUAAAGGAAGCAUUUCACCUGCUCUCAAUGUGGAAAGACAUGAGAAUUCACACUACGCCUUACACAUGUCAUCUGUGUGAGAAGAGUUUUAAAUGGAUCACGAGUCUCAGAUCUCAUCUGCACUAUUCUCACUUUGCAGAAAGGCAAUUUAAAGGAGCAGUAAGGAAUUUCUGAGAAACUUGUAUGUGAAUUGCACCAAACAACACAACACUUGUAGCCAAUCAGCAGCAGUAGGGGGCGUGUCCAUUCAUGAUGGGGGAGGAGAGAGAGAGUGAGAAAGAGGGGGAAAAACUGUAGAAAGAGAGAUGGCUGAGAGACAUUACAAAAUUGAAAAGGUCAGAGGAAUAUCACUGAGAAAAGAAGGGUUAUUAUCACACAAUAGCUUUAGGACCCUCGUUAAAAUUAGAAAAGCUUUCCAGAGCUUUUCUGAAAACGGAUGCUGAGGUUGUGUUGUUUCUGCUCAUACACGAGUAGCAUUGGUUUUGCUAUUUUUCACAGAAUCAAGAUAUGUUGUUGUUGUAAUGUUAGCUAUAGUAAAAGGACAGUUUUGAGUGUCAUUGUUUGUCAGGAGCUGCUGUGCUGCUGGCAACUAACAACAAACUCUUGCUUGUAUUUACUCUUGUGUACUUUAUGAUUGUGUGCUGUUGUUUUUUUUGUUCUUCCUUGUUCUUUUUCAUCUUCGCUUUAUUUUUUGCAAAGCAUUAUUUUGCUUAUAUUUUUCUGUUAUGAUAGAGACAUCGACUCUUGCAUUCCGUGUACGUACAUUUUGGGGGCGGAGCGAUGGAGGGAGGGGUGUGUUUGUUUUUUGGGGUUGAUUUCAGAUAUCAACAGUGUUUCUCAGAAAUCACUUACUGCCUGCAACUUUAGCUCUGGUCAUUGCAGUAAAAAUGCUUUGGCAUCCAGAAACACCAGAAAAUUUAUAAAAUAUAUGUCAAAUACUUUGGUAAAGACUCUUCUCAUUCUCAUUUAUAUUAAGAUUUAUUUUUGUUGUUGUUGAUGACUAACUAUGGCAACAUCAGCCAGUGGCGUAGCGCAAAUCAGCGAGGCUGAUUUGACUGAGUAUUUCAUGUUAAACAGCUUGUUUUUUAAAGUCGGUUCUUGAAGUAAAGCUGCACUUAAUUUUCAUUGAUAACUGCAGUGUUCGGAAAUAUUAUAGACUGUUAAUAAUUUUAAUUAUAGGCCUAUAAUUCAUUGUAUAAUAGACCUAAAAAUGUUUAAAAUAUUUUCUAAGAGGAGCUAAUAGCCUAAUCUUUUAUUAUCCUCACAGCAUGUCAGUUAUGAGGUGAUGCGCUAUGAAAUUAUUGCGGGCCAAAUUUAUUAUAAUAUUAAUUUAAUUUUUUUAAUUAAUAUUAUAAUACAUUUAUUAUAAUAUUAAUUUAAUAAUAAAAGUAGCCUAACCUAAUAAUAAUAUUAGGUUAGGCUACUUGCCAUCAGCCAUAUCACCCUGUAGCCCAAGACUGGUUGCCCACUGAAGCUAAGCAGGGCUGAGCCUGGUUAGUACCUGGAUGGGAGACCUCCUGGGAAAACUAGGUUGCUGCUGGAAGAGGUGUUAGUGAGGCCAGGAGGGGGUGCUCACCCUGUGGUCUGUGUGGGUCCUAACACCAAAGUCCCUUUAAGACAAGUCAUUUCACUCGGUGGCCAUCUUUGGGCAUGCAAGUGCAGCUCCUAUCUCUUUGAAUGGGGAAACAUCAAAUUCUCCAAAGCUGUUUGCCAAGCUUUCAAUUAAAUUUCAUAUUUGAAAUCACCAUGAAA